GCGGGCCCGGGGGCCCUGCCGCCCUUGCCGCCGGCCCAGCCUCGCGCGGCGGCAGGCGGCCUUCCCGUGUCGGGCGCGGCUUCUUCUUCGCCAACCCGUUCGACGAGGGCACUAAGCGCGAUGACCUCGUGUGCAACCUGUGGCAGGAAAAGUUCCUGCCCAAGGGGAGGUCGGGCGAGACGUUCACUGUGGUUGAGUUCGAGCCAGUCAAGGGAGAGUCCAUCCCGUUCCUGCGCCCGGAGCGGAACAACGGCCUGGACUGGUACCUGCAGCGCUACAUCGGAGUCUGCCGGAGUGAGCCGGAGCGAGAGAACAGGGCGUACAUCGCUGCCAACGCCAAGGGCACGGGAUUCAUCACCAGCGACUUCCUUCUGUGGAGGAAGAUAGACAAGACCACAAAGUUGGCAGGGGAAGGCACUGACAUAGUGAUGUUCUGCGAAGGACUGCGCGCCAACGCCGAGCUCUUCGUGACCCGCGGCGUGUUGUGGGAGUUGGUCGAGCAGCUCGCCCGUUCGCGGACGGGGAGUGGCUGCCUCGAGGGGACGGGCAGUGGCGGCUCCACGAAAAUGGAGACGCUGCAGUCAGUGGCAGUGGCAGGGCAGUGGCAGGCGGGCAAUGGCAGCCUCAAGAUGCGGGACCCUGCGUGUUCAAGCAGUAAGGUCAGUGGCAGCCCCACGGGGACCGGCCAGGCGGGGGCGAAGAGGGGCGGGGACGUGCAGGAGAUCUGGCUCGAGCAGCGGUGGCAACUGAUGGUCGCCGCCACGCUGCUGUGGAAGCUGGACUCGUACACCGACAUAGCCUUCAUGUUUGUUGCGCGGGACUGCGGUUCGUCGCUCUGGUGGGCCUCGCUGGCGACGUGCGGCUUCGUCGUAAUCUUCGGCCAGCUCUUCCUCAGCACCAGCUGCUCCUGCAGGGACUGCGAGCGCGAGCUGCCCCCGUCCUUCGGGUUUGUCCUGCUCGACUUCAAGCUGGUGAACCACGCGGUGAAGCAGGUGUUGCCGUUCGACCCCGAUGCCUCGGAUCUGCCAGUCGCGAGGCCGGUGACGUUGCGGACCGUCGCUCACCUGCUCAGUUUGCUGAAGAUCAUGGGAGAUAUCGCCCAGGUCUCCAUUCAGCUCAUAUAUUAUAAGAACGCGGAGGCGCCGCAUGCGUUUGUCGUCUUGUCCAUCCUCGCCAACGUGCUGCACGGCACCCUCGCCUGCGGCACCUUGGGGCAGGAGUGGUUGCAGGACGAGCUGGCCACGCAGAGCUCUGGCCUCCAGACCGGCACGGCCCUGCGCCCGAUGUCCCCGCUGCCCUCGACGCUUCUGAUGAGGGACGACGUGCUGCAGGUGCAGUUGCAGGGCGCCUCCGUCAAAGGCAGAGGGCAGGCCGCGAGCGGCGCUGCUCGCCAGGCUUCCCUGCACGGGGCCACCGACCCGGCCCCGCGGAACGGGGCCGCCGGGAGCCGGCGGAGGAGGAGCCCCAGCCCCCCCGCGGAGAUGUCGCUGCUGGAGGACCAGGACGGCGAGCCGAUGGCGGACCUCCUGCUGUGAGGCCGCGGCUCCGCUCAGCGGACAGUCCACCAGGACGUGCUCCUGCCGCGGCUCGGUGCGCCGUGCUGGGGAUCGCCGGUGAUGGGGGCCGCCUCGUGCCAAGGCCGCGCCGAAGUAUUUGUAGUCAAGGAGGCUAGCUUCUUGAGUAUCCCGUACGCCUCCACCCACUAUUCCUCUGUAGCAUGCACCGCUCUAGGGCUGGUGUGCCAAUCUGGGCAUCACCUGGCUUCUGACACAGAAGCGCUCGAGAAUGCACAGUUUCCGAGGCACGUGUAGGAGUUCCCCGUUGGCUUGGCUGCGGCGUGUAAAA